UCAUUUGCCUUCUACAUGAAUGGUAUGACCUUCAAGAAAAGAUAUUGUGCCCACCACCUGUUUACAGAUUACCCGUAUCCAGAACAAGUGCUGGGGACGGCUUGGCAAGGUGGCCUGUGUUUCUCUCAUCACUACUACAUCGAUGGUUUGUUGAUGAUGAACAGUGGUAUCUCAUCAGCCACCGAUAUGUUGGCAGGAGUAUUAACCACUCUGCAGAUGAACCUGGUAUUCGCUCAUG